ACGUGGAUUGUCCAAUCAGCGUCUGGUGUGUGACUGCUAGUUUGGUUUUUAAUUAUUUUGAGAAAUUCACGAACGCUUGUUUAGCAAACUGAUAGUUGUAUAAAGAAUACCUGUUAUUGUUAAGAAGGAGUGAGCAAGGACAAGACGCUGUGAUGGCUUCUUUAGGACAACAAGGAGGCGACGAAAGCGAUGAUGGGAUGGACGAGUUCAUGGAUAGAUUUAGAACUGAGAAAUAUAAAAAUGCUUUUAACGAAAGCAACUGGGAAGAGGAGUUUGAUACGAUACCCAUGUUCAUGAAGAAAGUGCCAGACGUGAUUGACCCAAUGAAACAUCCAGAGCUGGCCUGCAUUCAGGCCAUCAUUCAUGAUGAUGACCGGUCCCCUGAGGAACAGGCCCAGGGCCUGAAGGACGAGGGCAACGAGUACUUCAAGGAGAAGAACUACAAGAAGGCCAUCGUGUCCUACUCUGAGGGACUGAAGAGGAACUGUGCUGACUCGGAGCUUAACGCCGUCCUGUACACCAACAGAGCCGCCGCGCAUUACCACCUGGGUAACAUGCGUUCUGCUUUGAAGGACUCUGUUUCUGCCAACAAGAUGAAGCCAAACCACCUGAAGGCUUUGCUGAGAGGGGCCCAGUGUUGCAUGGAGCUGCGUAAAUAUGGCGACGCUCAGCAGUGGUGUGACGAGGGUCUGCGUAUCCACCCCGCAGACAAGAAACUACAGGAGCUACGCAGCACAGCCGACAAACAGAAGAGGGAGGCGGAGAGAGAUGCCCGGAAAGCAAAGCUGAGAGAGAAGAAGCUGCGUGGGCAGAAAGAGGCUCUGCUGGCGGCCAUAAAGGAGCGCGGUGUGAAAUUGAUGAGAAUUACGAAGCCCGUCCGUGAGGAAGAGGACGGUGAGGGUGAUGAAGGCCAGGUGGCUGCUGGGAUGGGGGAACUGGACGGGCUGAUGUCCCAGGAGGCCACGGGGUCAUGUGUGUUUCUGGACGACAGCGGCACCCUCCACUGGCCAGUGCUGUUCCUGUACCCUGAACAUUGCCAGACCGAUUUCAUCUCUGCCUUCUGUGAGACGUCUAAUCUCCUAGACCACCUCGCUGUCAUGUUUGGAGACGAGCUUCCUCCUUGGGAUGCAGACAGGAAGUACCUCCCCCACAACCUUCAGCUGUUUUUUGAGGAUGCUGAGAGCGAGCGGCUGCAUCAGGUGGAUGUGACUGCGCCCCUCCUCAAAGUCCUACAGCACAGCAGGUGUACAGUAAAGGACGGCAGCCCUUCCUUCAUCGUCCUGGUAACUGGGUCAUCAUACAGCAAGCAGUUCCUGUCAGGGAAGAAAAUCCAUUGGCUAAAGUGAGGUCAUGACCUCAGAGGGACAUUUGAUGGACUGUGUUCCUUACCAGUCAGAGACAGUUCUGUGUGUGUGUGGCCCGCCCACUUACAGUAUGUGCAAUGCAGAGAUGAGGAGGCUGACUGGCUGACUGGCUGACUGGCUGGCUGACUGGCUGACUGGCUGACUGGCUGGCUGACUGGCUGGCUGACUGACUGGCUGACUGACUGGCUGACUGACUGGAUGACUGACUGGAUGACUGACUGGAUGACUGACUGACUGACUGACUGACUGUUUGAUUGAUUGACUGACUGUCUGACUGACUGAAGCAGCACCUGAGAGGGAGUCUGUCAAACAUGCUGCUGCUUUUGAUAUCUGCUGAUCUGAUAUCUGAGGAGAUGAGAAAGGGGGCUGGCAGGACAUCAGUACAUUAGUCACCGAUUGUCUGUAUUCAUUUGUGAUAUAUGUUAAUAACCACCCUGUCAGCAUUUAUUAAAUGUUGAUAUCCACUGA